AUGCGUGGAGGAUUUUGCAGUGGUCUCAAUUCAGCACAGAAAGCUUUGAUCCGCUCGCUGGAUUUUAAAUCCAUCGUUGAGCCUAAACGCCUAAUGGAGAGGCGUUUCAUGGGAGGGAACGUCGCGCACGUCGGAGAUCUGAUCCGCGACACGGUCCUAGCUCAUCGCCGACGAAGGCUUGGCCAUAGUUUCCGGCGAGCGUUAGUGAAACGGAAAAACAAAUUGAGAAUCGUAACUCUCAAAAACUGUGCUUCUUUCUCUCUUCUUCAAUUGAAGCUGAAACCGAAAGGAAUUUAA